CGUCAAUACACGUCAGCUUUAGGCUUGCAUGCAUGCUUGGGCUAUGUUUAUUAAAAAAGUGUAGUUAAGAAUCGCAUCUUCCAAAUAACUAAGGGUUAUCGAAAAUCUUUAGAUUGAUUAAGGAGUGAAAAGUCCGUCUGAAGAGGAGUUUUGAAUUGUAAUUUUUUACACUCAAGUUAAAAUAAAAUGAGUGCAAUGAACCUGGAUUUAAGUAGCAGCGGUGGUGCCGAGGAAGAGUAUGAGCUACUAGAAGCUUCUCUCAAAAAUGUCAUUGAUAUGCACUCCCUAAAAUGGAUUUUUGUCGGUGGCAAGGGUGGUGUUGGAAAAACAACUUGCAGCUGCUCCUUGGCUAUACAAUUGGCUAGGGUAAGGACCAAUGUAUUGAUCAUUUCCACUGAUCCUGCCCACAACAUAUCCGAUGCAUUUGAUCAGAAAUUCAGCAAAGUACCAACAAAUGUUAAGGGUUUUGAUAAUCUCUUUGCUAUGGAAAUUGACCCCAAUGCAGGAAUUACGGAAUUGCCAGAUGAUUACUUUGAAAACGAAGGAGCUGGAGAAACCAUGCGUUUAAGUAAAAGUGUAAUGCAAGAAAUUGUAGGAGCUUUCCCUGGUAUAGAUGAAGCUAUGAGUUAUGCAGAAGUGAUGAAAUUAGUAAAAAGUAUGAAUUUCUCUGUGGUUGUAUUUGAUACUGCUCCAACAGGCCACACUUUGAGACUAUUAUCAUUUCCGCAAGUAGUUGAAAAAGGUUUGAGCAAGCUUAUGAAGUUGAAGAUGAAAAUAAGUCCAUUCAUUACACAGUUCAGUUCUUUGCUUGGUAUAACAGAUUUCAAUGUGGAUUCAUUUUCAAAUAAAAUCGAUGAAAUGCUCGCUGUCAUUCAUCAAGUCAAUGAACAGUUUAAGAAUCCAGAUCAAACCACAUUUGUGUGUGUUUGCAUAGCAGAAUUCCUGUCAUUGUAUGAAACUGAAAGAUUAGUUCAAGAAUUAACCAAAUGUGGAAUCGAUACACAUAACAUAAUUGUCAAUCAACUAUUGUUCCUCAAAGAUGGUGAUUCGCCUUGCAGAUUAUGCCUGGCAAGACACAAAGUACAGGAAAAAUAUUUGGAUCAGAUUAUGGAUCUUUAUGAAGAUUUUCAUAUAACUAAAUUACCAUUACUGGAAAGAGAAGUUCGUGGAGUUCCUCAAGUACGUGAAUUUUCGGAAAAUCUUGUCAAGCCGUAUCAACCGUGAGAUUUUUGA